AUGGCAGCAGAGAGGGCGCAAAGCGCAGAUCAGACCUUUGACGCUGGACGCUUUGGUCGCUGGCUGCGCAUGAUGUUAGUUUCUUUCUACACGGACGAGGAAGCGGCUGUGGCCGACGCAUUGUGCGCAGAGUCAUGGCAUCAGGAUGGCAUUGCACGACGGUCCACCACCAUGUCCGGAGGAGGCUAUACAAAUGGCAGUGCCGCGUCAAGGCGCCAGUACGACCAUCCCAUUGUCAUUCUCGGUGGGGGUAUGGGCGGCCUCAUGACAGCCGUCGACUUUCUCAGGCAAGACCGCAAGGACUUUAUCAUCCUGGAGCGUUACGAGGCCUUCGGUGGAACAACAUGGAGGGAUGUGGCCAACGAAACCACGAAGCUGCAGACUGAGAAGGGAACCUAUGUCCCGGAGUAUCUGGACCCAGAAGUGCACGCGGACGAGGAGCAGAAAACCUGGCCUUCGCGCGACAGUAUCCUGGACAUGUGCGUUGCCUGUGCAGAGAAGCAUGGGCUGGAGGACAAAGCCAAGUUCGGCACCUCCCUUGAGAAGGUGGAGGUGAAGGGCGACCUCCUGGCUGGUGGGCAUAUUGAGUUGAGCCUAACGACCGAAGACGCGUCGGAGACCCUCAAGUGCUCGGCCUUGAUUUCCUGCCCAGGUGUUUUCUACAAUCCCAUUGACUUGAAGUGGCCUGGUCGUGAGGACUUUGGCGGCUACAUCACCCACGGCUCCUACGACGGCAUAAACUACGACAAGCUGAAGGACGCGAGUGUAUGCAUUGUGGGUCACGGCGGCUUCACCAUCGAGAAUGUGCGCACGUGCGUGGAGCGGAAGUCCAAGAAGGUCUACGUCGUUUGCCGGCAUCGCCACCUGGCCGGCCCGAAGAUGGUCUCUUGGAUGGUCAGCGGCGCUGCCGUUCCGAUCCCGGGGCCCUUCAUCGUCGAAGCCUUCCAGAAGAUGUACGAUCUCCUGGGAGUGGACGUAUGGAGCCACCCAGUUGUCAACGCCAACGCGGACCGAUCGAGCGCCGUCCUGACGCAGACGACCACGUUCGGCGUGACGGAUAUCUAUUUCCUUGCCUGCUACUACAAGGUGUGCGAGGUGAUCCAUGGUGAGAUUGAUAAGCUCAGCAAAGGCAAGGUCCACCUCAAGGACGGCAAGGAGAUAGAGUGCAACGUGAUCAUGAAAUGUUUGGGAAGCCAUGGGGCGACAGAUUUUGACGACAUCAUCGGCUUCAAGUUUUAUCAGGGCUGGUGGGUCAACGGUGAAGCCUUGAUGCCGGUCAUGGCUCCAGCCAAAGGUGUGCAAGCCAAGAACUUUGCCGGCUUCAGUUUGGCGCCGGGCUAUGCUGGGCAGAUCAUCACGAACCGCUACUUCAUCGAUCACCCGGAGAAGUUCGUAGGCGUGAGGGAUUGGCUGCCCAAGACGACUCGGGACGACCACUACGAGUGCAACUACAUCUACAAGGGCGCCCAUGUGCUGGCGACCAUGGUCCUUCUGCAGACCCAAUUCCCUGAUCUCGCCGCAGAGCUGGCCGAAGCCGACAAGCUCAAGGCGUACAAGCACAUGAAGGCCCAUCCUCUGGACAAGCAUCUGAGCGAGUGCCUGGCUGAAUGGAAGAUGUACAUCAAGAUGAUGAAGGACAAUGGACAGAUUCCUGCAGAUGCAGAGGAAAUUGAAUAUCCUUACAACGAGGAGAUGAUCAUGGAGAUGGACGGCAGAUACAAGGCGGCACUCACGGCCGAAUGGGAGAAGAUGAUGUCCAAGAAGGCCAAGGCAGGCUGCACCAGCUACGAGCUUGUGCAUGCCUUAGCCCGAGCUGGUUCCGCGAGCUCUGUGAAAGAGUCCGUUGGAUACCGUAGGAUUUUAGAGUUCCCUGCUUGGAGGUACCGGCAACAGGCCAAGAUGAAGGACGUCACCCUUGCGCGGCCGGAUCGGCAGGUGCGGCAGGUGCUGGAAAGAAGGCUUGUUCCCGACUGCAUCGUUGACAGAUGUGCUGAGGGUACAGGAGACAAAUUGCAGACAUUCUACCGUAUUUCGCCCGUCGCCGUUGCAGUGGCGGCCAAAAGGUUUCAGCUGCUGGAGGCAUCGCUUUCUGCCAAAGUCGAAGAGCAGUACAUUUGCAGCAAGUGCAAUCGCCUGUAUGACACGCUGAAGGCGAUGUCAGCAUCCUUCACCUGCGAGUGUGGGCAGGCCCUGGCUUCGACGGCCGAGGAAUCCGAGGCCCGGCGUGACCGGCUCCAACGUUUCCAUGUGCAAUGCAAAGACUUGCUGCAACUGACACAAGAGCUCGAGAAUCUACCUGGACCACAGUUCGAGCACCCACCAAAGGUGAAAAAGCCGCGUGGUGCAGCGAAACAGGCUGCCAAGGCGAAGACCGCUCCAGUGGCUCCCAAAAAUCCGACCUCUCAGCCAGAACCUCUUGGUGAUCCCCCGGCGAAUCCGCCGACACAGGACUUGGAAGCCGCGCCGCAGUCAGGCACCGCAGCAGACGCGUCGGAGAUCUCCAAGACCCUGGAGGAGGAAGUCUGCAGUGUGCAAAGCAAGCGAACACGGGCAUCGCUCGAGGAUCGUCUCCGGGGCGCCCAGCAGAGUCAGCCCGAAAAAGUGGAGGAGGAUGCGAUCGUGUUCGUUCGGGGGCAGCCGCUUCCCCUCUCGCGGGUCCUUGGCGAUGACGAUCUCCAGGAGCAGAUGACAGAUCAGGAGUACCAGAGCUUCUACGACGUCGAUCGGGACUUGCAGCACCGAAAGUUGCGGAGCCUGCUGUCAUACAGGUGA